AGUUUAUUUUUACAUUUUCUUUCGCAAAUUCUAUUUUUAUCUUUACGUGAAACUCAAGUAAGUCGGAGCAAAAGGAGAAGUUUGUUAAAUAUGGCAGAUAAAACUAAAAACGGAUAUACUAGUGUAAAAACAAAUACCGAUAAUGGGGACAGGCCAGCUACAAAACGAUCUACCAAAAUUGCUGUCUGGAGUCUGUUGAUAUUUAAUGUAUUGCUGCUGGUUGCACUGUUAAGUCUAGUGAUAGGAUGGCGGGAAUACAGAAAGAAAAGCCUGACUCCACAUGAACAAACCAUAUGUCUAAAUUGUACCGAAAUGGGGCUUGAUGGCAAGGAAAUACCAGAGGAAAUGGCCGGGAAGAUAACAAGAGAUACGAAUGGCAAUUCGAAGGAAUGGGUUUGCUGUGGAUAUACAAGUGAUGUUUUAAACUGGAUGGUAACUAAGGCAAUACAAGACAGAGGAACCAGUAUCAAGUCAAGUAUUUAUCCGUUGAUAUCUAAAGAAUGCAAAAAGACAACACAAGCAAAGCCGUCUGCGCAAGUCACUGGAAUAUCAGUAUCAGGAAUGGAAAAAGAACAAACAGACGUAAUACAAUGGAAUACAACUGAAUCGUCAUUUAUGGGAGAAGGGAUCACUUACAAAAAUGGCAGACUGACUAUCAAACAGCCGGGCUACUAUUAUAUAUUUUCACAGAUAAAGCUGAGAAAUAUUCCUCUUUCAUACUCAACAAGUGACGUAUCCGCGAGUGAAACUUUGCCUAAUCACUGGAACCAUUAUAUUUUCCACGUCUCAAGUGAAAAUGGAAAGGAACAAAAGAUUCUCGAAAGUAGUAAAUCACGUUGUGAAAUGCCAUCUUUAGGGGAUGAGACUACGAGUUCAUUUGGUGCAGUGUUUUACCUGGCAGAAAAUGACGAAGUUUUUGUAAAUACUUCCCAUCCACAGUAUCUUGCACCUUGUGAAGAAGGAAACCAUUUUGGUUUAUAUAUGACUUGACAUAUAUUGUAAAAUGUCAUCUAUGACACAUGUGAACCAUCGGAACCUUCAAUUCAUUUAUUCGUCGUCUCAAUUGUAUUUUUAUGUAUGCUUUUUGUAUUUAUUUUCUAGUGAUUUCAGUUAAUGACUAUUUCAUUGGAAAUAGAUAAAUCACAGGGUUCAGCAAGUGUUGUUGUGAUCUACAGAAGUUGGUUCAAUGAGAUUACACAUUAACAUAUUUCCUAUAUUCAUUUAAACGAUAUGAUAAAUAAAAUAGGGUCAAUAGAGUAUCUUGGUCUACAAUGUUGUAUUUGGCUAGAGCGGAUUUUGUCAGGCCUGGAUCCCACGAGUACCUUCCGAUAGGAGAUGAAUACAGUGUUUUGUAUUCGAUAGUAAAUUAGAUGCUGUAUUUGAGACAAAAUAUUCAGAUGUAUAUAACAAACUUUGUUAUCACCUAACAAUAGUUUGUAUGAUAAACGUAUUUGUAUAUAAUUGUUUAACGAUUGAUUGAACACUUUUCCUACAAUAAAAUAUCUUUGAUGCCUAAACAUCAAAAGACAGAAGGGGUGAAAGUUUUCUAACCAGUUCAACUAAGAAUUUGGUCAAUGCUUUAUUCGAUAAGAUAUAGUAGCUAGGAUGACGUUUCUGUGAAAACACGUACUGAAAUUAAAACACAAUAAAUAAAAAAUAUUAUUUCUGUAAAUAAACAGAAAAAUAGUUAUAAUGAAAUGAUGAUUAGUAAAGCUUAUUUAUAUUUCGAAGUAUGUAAUAUAACAUUACACAAUGUUUAUUAAAUAAAUGUAUUGAACGAA